GACCUCGAGUGAUCUGACCGUUUUCAGGAAUAUUCGUCUGUGACCUCCAGCCGCCAUCAUGUACACCUUCUUGCCGGAAAACAUCACGGCGGUCAAACAGAAGGUUCCAAAGGAGCAGAAGCCUCUAAUCUGUGCUGUAUUACUGGGCACUCUACUGGUCAUCUGCGCAAUAGUGUCCUGGUGCUAUUACUCCAUCUCUCUCCGGAAGGCCGAUCGGCUGAAGACGGAGCUGCUGUAUCUAAAGAAAGAUGGCUUCAUCAUACACAACCACCAGGGGAAGGUGGUUUUCAGAAUGGCCUUCCAGACUGGAGUCCUGGAUUUAGAUUCCUGCACAAAAGAGGGAGCCAUUCUGUCCUGUACUAGGUCAGAGAAGGGACCCCUCAAAUUCUUUGUUCAGACGGUCAUCAAGGAUAAAGAGACCGUGAUGUGUUACCGGGUGCGCUGGGAGGAAUUUGUUGCCGACACAGCGGUCCAGCACACCAUGUAUUGGGAUGACGCCUACUGGUACGGAGGUGCGGAGAUGCGUACGCAAAACUGGCCAAUUAAAUUAUCCGGAUACCAGGAACCCAAACCAUUUAUUACCGGCGAUGUUUAUUCCUUUAAAGACGGCUUUGGUGGAAUCUUGGAAAGUUACUGGCUGUCAUCCAACGCGACAGCCAUUAAAAUCAAUGCUUCCGUCCCUUUCCACCUUGGUUGGAACAGUACAGAGAAGGUUUUCUUUUUUGAAGCAAGGUAUACCAAUUCCCCGUACAAGCCUCCCCCGGGAAAGCCGCCAUUCCCGGAACUCAGCUACCGUGUGUGCGUGGGGUCAGAUGCCACCUCUAUUCACAAGUACAUGGUGAGGAGGUACUUCAAUAAGCCCAGUCGGAUACCUUCAGAAAGUGCCUUCAAGUAUCCGAUAUGGUCAACAUGGGCGCUCUAUAAAACUAGCAUCAAUCAGGAGAAGCUGCUUAACUUCACAGAGAGCAUUAAGAAAUACAAUUUUAAUUACAGCCACAUAGAGAUCGAUGAUAUGUACUCCACUCAUUAUGGUGAUUUUGACUUUGAUCCGGUGAAGUUUCCAAAUGCAACGGCUAUGUUUAAAAAGCUAAAGGAAGAUGGCUUCAAAGUGACCCUUUGGAUUCAUCCCUUCAUCAACUAUAACGCCACCAACUUUGGAGUUGCCAUAGAGAAAGGACUGUUGGUGAAAGAGCCCACUGGUCAGUUGCCGGCCAUGGUUCAGUGGUGGAAUGGGAUUGGAGGUAUACUUGACUUUACAAACCCCAGCACAAGGGAAUGGUUCCAGAACAACCUCAGACAGCUGAGAACGAAAUAUGGAAUUUCGUCUUUUAAGUUUGACGCCGGGGAAACCAGCUAUCUCCCAAAGCAGUUCAGCACCUUCGAACCUUUGACAGAUCCCAACAUGUUCAGCAGGCGGUACACCGAGAUGGCUGACCAGUUUUAUGACCUUGCUGAGCUCAGAGUUGGUUAUCAGUCUCAAAACAUAUCGUGUUUCUUCCGGAUCAUUGACCGAGAUUCUGUAUGGGGGUACGAGCUCGGUUUAAAGUCUCUCAUACCUACAGUCCUCACCAUCAGUAUGCUUGGAUAUCCUUUCAUCCUUCCGGAUAUGAUUGGUGGAAAUGCCUCCGGCAAUUUUACAAAGGAUAUGAAAGAGCUUUAUAUCCGCUGGUUGGAGUUGUCGGCGUUCAUGCCCUCAAUGCAGUUCUCCGUGCCUCCGUGGCUCUUUGAUAAGGAAGUGAUUGAAAUUGCUCAGAAGUUCACCAAGCUCCACGAAUCUCUGGUGGCCCCUCUUUUACUGGAGCUUGCUGGGGAAGUCACCGACACUGGUGACCCCAUCAUACGGCCCAUCUGGUGGAUUGCUCCAAAUGACGAAGCUGCCCACAAAAUCGAUUCCCAGUUUCUGAUUGGAGACACCUUAAUGGUGGCUCCUGUCCUGGAGCCAGGAAAGCAGGAACGCGACGUCUACCUUCCCUUCGGCAAGUGGCGUAGUUACAAAGGGGAGCUCUAUCAAAGGACACCCAUACUUCUGACGGAUUAUCCUGUCGACUUGGAUGAAGUGGCCUAUUUCACUUGGGUGUCUUAAAUAAAAUGCUAAGUAAUCAGAGGUAAUGCUAACAA